AUGCAGCCGGGGGAGAGUCCAAAGGAAGCAGUUGCUGAGCUCAUCAGUCACAAUCCUGCAGAGGAGAAUAAGAUUAAUGGUCUGGAACAGAAGUUUAGAGGAGACGAAUUAUACUCAGAACUAGUCAGAUUGUUCUGUGAGAGCAAAAGAGAAGAGCGGAAAGCUGUGUGCAGUGAGGUGAUUCAAGAACCUGUGGCAAGAAAGGUGAAGGGACAAAUGGAAGAAGUGAUUUGGCUUAUUGAGGAAGCUCAAAAGAAACCUGCAGAAAAGCAGGAGGACGAGUUGUGGAAGGUGGAGGAGAAGAUAAAUGAGCUGAAACUAGAGUACAGAUGGGACAAUAAAUAUUCAAAAUGGGUUGAAUCGUUCUGCGACAGCAAGAGAGUACAGCUGGAUGUGUACAAAAACCUGUUAGCAAUUGAAAUGGAAUUUCUACACCCUGUGCCAGGAGAGUUGAUGAUGAAGGCAGCGGAGACAGGGAAGAUCUUACAGGAUUUGAAAGAUGAGGUAUCUGCACAGAAAUGCUCCAAGCUAGAGCUGGACAACAUGUGUUAUUGGGUGAGAUCACAUCUGAAGUGGAUUAAUACCUGGAGCAGCGAUCAGAUAGAGGUGCUACACAAGUUCAAGCAGAAGCCCAGUCAUGAAGAGAGAGACAACACAAUGAUACGCAGAAUGGAGAAAAAUGUGAAUGACAUACAGUUGUGGUGUGCAUAUAGGAAGUAUGAGCUGGAGAUGAUCAAAAAGAAACUAAAAUCAGGAGGACGCUCUAAUGUAGAUACAGAAUCAUUGUGUGAUGCAGGAGGAGAGGCCACUCCACUGGUUGAGGUUAAAGCUGAACAAAUGUAG